CUCUGUUAUAAAACAUCAGCAUAAAGAAAUAGAGGUCUGCUGUCAAUAAUGUAUAGAGGAGUGUUACAGAAAUCUGUCACCGUGUCUGGUGUUAGAGGGUGUAGUCACAUUUCACGUGUAACAUCAGACCGGGUCUGGACCAGUGAUUAUGGCAAUCUUUUACUGACAAACACUACAGGAGAAGAACUAGAUCACGUGACAGAUAUACGUAGUGAUGUGGGAGGACACACUGUGGAUUAUGACGGUGAUCUAAUUUAUAUAGACAGGGAAUCUAACAUCACUAAACUGUCUACAGAGAACAAAGAAAAGACUACGAUAAUAAAGUACAACAGAUCACUAUGGGGACCACUGAGUGUCUACAGCUCCCCCUCCACUGGACACCUGCUGGUCGCGAUGUGGAGACGUGAUACACGGCCAUAUACAGGCAAGGUAGUGCGGUAUAACUCCACAGGAGAAAACAUCCAGACCAUACAGUACAACAACAUCACAGGUCAGGGACUGUAUAAAGGACCUCUCUACAUCACAGAGAACCGCAAUGGAGAUGUUAUUGUGUCUGACUGGUUCCGUAAUGCUGUAGUGGUGACAGAUCGUGACGGUAAUUACCGAUUCUCGUACACAGGUCCUCCAUCAGGAUCAGGACUAUGGGCACGUGGAAUCUGUACUGACGCGCUGUCACACAUCCUGGUCUGUGAUGAGAUCACCAGGUCAGUACUGAUGUUAGAUAGUGACGGUCACUAUCUGACAGAGAUAAAGACAUCACAACACGGGAUAUACAAACCACGGGGCCUGAGUUAUGAUGAUGACACUAAUCUACUGUGGGUAGGGGAAUGGAACAACAACAAAGUCAUCCUAUACAGAGUGGUAGAUACAGACUCUCUGACUGAUCUCCCUCUGAAGGAUUUCAAAUGCAGGAAACAUCCAAGCCGUCCGUUAUCCCAGUUCUGUAUCCCGUGUGACGUCACCUUGUGUAUAAUGUGCAUCUUGACAUCUGAUCAUAAAAAACAUGAUGUUAGAAAUAUUGAGAAAUUAUUCAGAGAAAUUCACAAGGAAAAAGAUGGAGACGCAGUUUUGAUGUGCCUUUUGCUUUGCCCUUCAUACAAAUUAAAUCUGGAAGAACAACUCUGGAUAGAGAAGUAUAAUGCUGUUGCUAAAGUUUUCAAAUUCAAGAAGAUUCAGAAGCCAUUUAAUCUUAGCAACUUAAAGAAGUACAAACCAAUACUGAGACAGGACGGAAUGAAUGUUGAGUUUUCUUCUGAUUUCUUUAAACACACCAGUUUCCUUAGAUUCACUAAAAAUCCAGGUUUUGUGGAUAUUUUUCUGACUUCGGCAGAAAAAGACAACAUCGCUGAGUACUGCAGGUCAUGGGUUUAUCCAAAGAAAGAGGGGGAAGUCUUUUGCUGGUUAUCACCACGACACACAAUACAAUUGAUAGAAAGACUUGGAGAGGAUAUUUUCAUCCAUCCAACAUGGCAGGAUACAACAAUACAUGAGGAUGUAUUUAAAAAUUUUGGUGUACCAAUGCAGAUUUUGAUGAGAGGAGAAGAAUCAGUGAGGAAUUUCAUUGAAAAUCUUAAGAAAGGGGAGACGACCAUGUACCACGCCUCUGGGAUGAUCAUUGGGUGUGCAGGUAGUGGGAAGUCAACCUUACUAGAAAGACUGAAAGGCAUCGACCUGAAAGAAAUUCUGGAGAGUUCAAAGUCAACCAGAGGAAUUGAUGUCCAGGCUGACAUAUUUGAUGUUACUGGAAAAACAAUCAAGG